AAGGCCCGCCUGCUCUGAACCGUACCGAUCAGUCAGUUGAUCGAGCGAUAUUGCACCAGGAUGACGUUGAUCGUAUCGCUGCUGUUCGUGUCACUGUGCACACGGCUGUGCGAGGGAUCGUUUUCGUUGCUGAGUGAACCACGACAAACCUGUGCCGGGUAUUCGGGUAUCGCGGACGCGAUUGCCGCACUCACCAAUUCCAUCUCGAGCCAGACACCUGCCGACGAUCCCUUGCUCGGAGUGCAGUCAAGCCUUCAGCAACUGCUGCAGCUGGCGACGGUUUAUCAGUCCUGUGACGAUGUGACCGGUUCGCCGGGAUUGUACCGCAUCCGGGACGGAAACGACCUGCCCAUCCAUUACUUCUGCCAGACGGAACUGCUCGGUGGGGGCUGGACUGUGAUACAGCGUCGAACGAACGGCAAAACCAACUUCACACGCAGCUACAGCGAGUACCGGGACGGGUUCGGGCAUCCAGAGCAGGAGUUUUGGAUUGGGUUGACACGUCUCAAUCGGAUAACGGCAGCGGCGCAGUACGAGUUAGCUAUCUUGAUGGAUGCUUUCGACGGCACUUCCGCUACGGUGCGCUACGCGAGCUUCAAAGUUUCCGACGAAACCGAUGGAUUUCGGUUAGCUACGCUGGGUGGGUUCACUGGCAGUACCGGCAACUCGAUGAGCACCUUGGUUGGGAAGACAUUCUCCACGUUCGACCGUGAUACCGACUCGUCGGCCACGGUAAACUGUGCGAAUGUGUGGAAAGGCGGCUGGUGGCUGAACGGUUGCGGUGACAGCAAUCUGAACGGGUUUUACGCCGGGGCGACGCCGACUGCAACACCCCGAACGUCGAUGGUGUGGACAUCCUUCAAGGGGGCUUCACAGUCGCUGAAGAGUACCAUCAUGCUUAUUCGCAAGAAGAGAGCCUAAGCUACGAUUGAUCAAAUUUGUACACCACGACUCAACGCUAGGAAUAAAGCAGAAGAUUUUGCCAAACGAUAGACGAGGAGCAUUCGA